ACAAAUUCGGGGAUAUUUACCAGAACUCACAAAGAAAAAAGUAGUUAAUAGACACAAGAGGGCGAAGCAGAAUUUGGAGCAGAAGAAAGAAGAGAACAAAGAGUACUACGACAGAAACAAAAGGACGAAGGAAGCUGGUAUCAAAAAGGGUGACAUCGUCAUUUGA